AUGAAACGAAUUGUGAUAACAGGUAUAGGUAUUGUAAGUCCAUUUGGUGUCGGUAAAAGAGUUCUCUUUGACAAUUUAUUAGCUAACAAUGUUGCGUUGCAAAACGAUGAAAAACUUAGAAUAAUUGUGGGACGAGUUGCGGAUCGUGGAGAAUAUGGCCUUGAUUUGAGUUCGUGGACACCUCGAAAGUUGAAACAAAUGAGCAGAGGUAGUGUGCUUGCAAUCGUUGCAGCGGAAGAAGCAGUGAAAGAUGCUGGUUUAAAGGAAUGCCAUAUGGAGGAAACUGGCGUUAAUGUUGGAAUGGGCAUAGCUGAUUUGGAGGUAAUUUACGAAGUUGGUAAACAAAUUGCAGAAGGUAAAGGACAUCGAGUUACACCUUUUUUUAUACCACGUAUACUGACCAACAUGCCGGCAGGACAUGUAAGUAUCAAGUUUGGUAUGCGUGGACCACACUUAAGCUCUUGUACUGCGUGCGCAACAGGUUUACAUAGUGUUGGAGAUUCAGCGACAUUUAUUAAGAUGGGUCGAGCGAAGCGCAUGCUUGCAGGUGCGACCGAAGCAUGUGUCAAUAGUAUAGCAAUAACUGGAUUUAGUCAGAUGAGAGCACUAACUACAACUUGCUCACGGCCAUUUGACAAGGAGCGUGAUGGAUUCGUAUUGAGUGAAGGUGCUGCCAUUUUGGUUCUGGAAGAAAUGGAGGAGGCACUUAGACGAAAAGCGAAUAUUUAUGCUGAAAUUAUAGGAUAUGGUGUCGCAGGCGAUGCUUAUCAUCUUACGACACCAUCAGAAGAUGGUAUUGGAGCUUUCCUAAGUAUGGAAAGAUGCUUGGUUGACUCAUGCAUCAAUCCAGAGCAAGUUACAUACGUAAAUGCUCACGCAACUUCGACAGUACUUGGUGAUCAUUUCGAAUCACGAGCCAUUGCUAGCCUUUUUCCUGGUCAUAUAGGUCAUACCUUAGCGGCGGCCGGUGCAAUCGAAACAGCGAUCACAGCAAUGUGUGUUAAAGAAGGCAAACUGGUGGGGAACGUCAGACUAGAAGAAAGCGAUAUUAAAGAGAAUUUACGUUUCCUUAAACAAUCGGAAAGAUGGAAUAAGAAACGAAUAGCCUUGGUAAACUCUUUUGGUUUUGGUGGGUCACAUGCUACUUUAUGUCUAUCAGCAAUAGAAAAUUCUUAA